AUUGUGAUAUAGAUCUAAUCUUUUGAUGUAUUUGCAUUUCUGUAGAUGCCUAGAGGAAAAGGUUAUCGUCGGUCUUUGGCUGGCAAGUUGAAGUACGCAAAGCGGAACACUCCUCAGCUUCCCACUCCUGAAGUGAUUCUGGUGCCACGUGGUGGCGCAUGUGAACCAUGUUGUGGUACGGGGGUUCGUCACCGAGUCAACGAAUGGACACGGUCAAAGGUUACAGGAAAACAACACAAGUUCAUCAUUCCUCCAGAGGUCCCAGACAAGAAGUUCAUUCUGAUUGUUGGCGAUUCUCAUCUGCGGGCUAUAGUCGACGGGGUUGUUCCCAUGCCAAAGUCACAGGACAUUCCGCUGUCGUUUGGCUUCAUGUCUACGCCUGGGGGCACUGCUGCAGACCUGAGGGCCGAGUUGGACAACGCUUUUAUCACCCGGAUCCCAGAUGCUAUCUGUCUCUUGGCACCUAGCAACAACCUCACUGCUAACCAAACCAUCAGUGAAGCGGCGGUGGAUUUCCGGAAACUACUGGACAGCACCAUCAACAUUUGUACUAAGGUCUUUGUUGUCGACUUCCCGCCGCGUUUGAACAUUGACCUGGACGUACAACGGCAUUAUCGGGAGGAGUACCAUCGUGUUGCAGCUCUGUUGGGUAUGUGAAGUCAAAUAGUGUAUUUGUGUGCAGGUUUACAGGAUGAUAUGCAUUUUAAGCAGACAUUUUAAAUAAAUGCCUAAUUAUUGUUCUAUUCUUCAUUUCUAAGGUAUUCACUGCUACCCUGUUGAUGAGAGGUUCCCGUUAAACAACCUCAAGCUGUGGAGCAAAGAUGGGGUUAGUUUGAUCAGCUAAUUUAUGGUAUAUGUAUAAGUGUGAUGUUCAGUUUCCUGUAGUGGGUUUAACAAGUUAAAUUAGACCGAUG